AUGUCUGCGCCUGGCGGGGCCCCGAGCCCUGCUCCCCGAAGUGGGAGUAUGGGCCCCGGUGCUGGUGUAUCAAUGCCUCCUCAUCAACAACCCAUGGCUACGACACCUGUUGGAGCGCCUACCCCAGGACCCCCUCCCCCUCAGCCUGCUAGUGGUGCAAUGUCGCAGCAGAACUUGAACCAGAUUGUCAUUGACUACUUGGCCAAAAAGGGCUAUAGUCGUACGGAAGCCAUGCUACGUAUGGAGUCUGCGAAUCAAGAGAUAGAUGGCCGGCCUUUGCCCCAACUGGGAGAAGAGGCGCGGCCAAAAUAUGCUGGGUUGAAGCUAACUUGGCUGCUAGAUUUACUCAAGGUCUGGGUAGAGGACAACCUGGACUUGUACAAGCCGGAACUCCGCCGUGUGUUAUGGCCGCUCUUCGUCUAUUCUUUCUUAAAUAUGGUGACCUCUCUAUAUACACCAGAAGCCAGGCAAUUCUUCGAUAACAACAAGAACCUUUUCCUACCAGAACACACGGAAGAUGUACGGGCACUUGAGCCUAUUAGCUUGCCUGAGCACGUUCAGGAUAACUCAAUUGCUAAACUAUACCGUGGCAACAAAUACCGCCUGGUUCUCAGCAACCCUGCUUUUGGCAGUUUGAUGCAGUUCCUCGAGAGCAAGCAAAAAGAGGGUGGCUCCGUCAUGUCAGCAAUUCUGAGCAGCUUUUGCACCAUCAUCACUAAAGAGCGGGCAGCCGAUGACAGGUUCAGCUUUGCGGCAUUGCUCUCCCAAGCUGGCAUGGGCCAGAGCUUCCCUACAGAAGAUGAAGGCAUUCCAGGUCACCAUCCUGGCUCUGCAUACACAGGCGAUAACCCAGCGAUGGCCGGUACUCUACCGCGACUCAGGCUAGCGAAGCUUUCUAUGGAGCAGGCUCUUGAAGGUGAUGUACGUGCUGAGCUCGCGGAUGAAGACGCAAAGGUCCCACCGGGCCCUGGUCAGAACAGCUUGACGCAGGAGUUUGACCAAAUGAUCAAAAAGGAGGAGGACGAUGAAGCUCCGACUCGUGCCGACAUUCCCUAUCCCCCAUCAACUGCGCGCGACGUGGCGAUUGAGGUGCAAAAAGUUAAGGAAAAUCGUGAUAGGUUCCGGAUCGAAUCUAGGACAGGAGGUGUUGGUCCUGCCGUUAGUGUUUGCAUGUUUACAUUUCACAACACCUAUGACGGGGUUAACUGCUUAGACUUUUCGGAUGAUAAUCUACUCGUUGCAGCUGGUAUGCAAGAGUCAUAUAUCCGCGUCUGGAGCUUGGAUGGGAAGAAGAUUGCUUCAGCAGAUAACAGCGCGGACGAUCACCCAACAAAUUCUCGUCGUUUGAUCGGGCACUCAGGGCCAGUGUACGCAGUUGCAUUCGCCCCAUCAGCCACCCCGGUCGACAAUGCCAUCGCACCAACAAAUGCCCGAUGGCUCCUCUCAUCCUCCGCAGAUAGAACCAUUCGCCUCUGGUCCCUCGAUCUCUGGCAGUGCAUGGUCGUCUACAAGGGCCACGAUCAGCCAGUCUGGGAUCUCCAAUGGGGUCCCUUCGGUCACUACUUCGUCUCCGGCGGUCACGACAAGACCGCUCGGCUCUGGGUAACAGACCACAUCCGCCAACAGCGCAUCUUCGUUGGCCACGAGCAAGACGUCGAUUGCGUCUGUUUCCAUCCUAACUCCGCUUACGUCUUCACGGGAAGCUCCGAUCACACCGUGCGCAUGUGGGCCGUCACCACAGGUAACGCAGUCCGCAUGUUCACCGGCCACACAGGAAACAUUACAGCCCUCGCCUGCAGCCGCGACGGCAAAACCCUCGCCUCCGCAGACGACCACGGCUCCAUCCUGCUUUGGGACCUCGGCCCCGGCCGUCUUCUCAAGCGUAUGCGCGGCCACGGGAAAGGAGGCAUCUGGUCGCUCAGCUGGAGCGUCGAAUCCAACGUCCUUGUCUCCGGCGGCGCAGACGGCACAGUUCGCAUAUGGGACGUUACGGGUCCAGCGCACGACCCAUCGCAGGGCCGCGUUGUCGGGGAAGGCGGUGCUGGCACGAAGAUUGAUGGGACAUCGUCCACUGCCGCGAAUGCAACACAGCCAUCGAGCGCCGUCGGACCGGGGAUGGGCGGUGGCAAGAAAAAGGGUAAGGAUGUUGUCGUCACGCCGGACCAGAUCAGCGCGUUCCCCACCAAGAAGAGUCCCGUGUACAAGGUGAAGUUCACCAACAUGAACUUGAUUAUUGCUGGUGGCGCUUAUCUUCCCUGA